GUGCGGAUGUGAGUUGCAUAUUGAUACGGAACAGGCCGCCCGGUUCUUUACAAAUGCAUGCUUAGGCGAUGAUCAUUUCUCGGAGCUAUGAAUCCAGAGGAGCAGACGGUAACGUGGUUAAUAUCAUUAGGAGUGCUCAGUUCGCCUAAAAAGAAUAUAGCGGACCCGGAGGAGUUUUUGAAAACAUCGCUCAAGGAUGGGGUCGUCUUAUGCAAGCUCAUGGAGCGGCUCAUACCUGGCUUUGCUCCCAAGUAUUGCCAGGAUCCCAGAGCCGAAGCCGACUGCAUUGCCAAUAUCCGAGAGUUUUUGAGAGGAUGCUCGUCCUUGAAAGUCGAGGGGUUUGAACCAGAGUGCGUAUACACUGGGGAGAAUUUUGGCAAGGUCCUGACCACUUUGCUGGCAGUCAACUUUGCUACACAAGACUGUGCUGCUGAGAGGUCAUGUCCGCAGUCCAGUGCUCCCACUGCUAGUCAGUCCACCUCAUCACACACACUCUCCUCUGCCAAGUCCAAAGGCUCUCUGCGCAGACAGUCCAAACCAGCGGAGAUGUCUGAGAACGGCGGAGGUGGGCAGCUGAUUGUGAAGGCGCGCUUCAACUUCAAGCAGAACAACGAAGAUGAGCUGUCGUUCACUAAAGGUGAACUGAUCGUGGUGACGCGGCAGGAGGAGGGCGGCUGGUGGGAGGGCACGCUCAACGGCAAGACGGGCUGGUUCCCCAGCAACUACGUCCGCGAGAUCAAACCCUGUGAUAAGCCGGUGUCUCCUAAAGGAACUCAACUGACUAAGAACUACUACAGUGUGGUGGUACAGGACAUCCUGGAGCAUGAGCGGGAAUUUGUCAAAGAACUACAGACGGUGCUGAGUUGUUACCUACGACCCCUGCAGGCCAGCGACAAGCUGAGCAGUGCAGAAAGUGCAAGCCUGAGUGGGAACCUGGAGGAGAUCCUCACCUUCCAGCAGGGCCUGUGUGUGGCUUUGGAGGAAUGCACCAAAGUCCCAGAGGGCCAGCAGCGAGUAGCAGGAUGCUACCUCAACCUUAUGAGUCAGAUCAAGACUUUGUACUUGGCCUACUGCUCGAGCCAUCCUUCAGCGGUCUGCAUCCUCACUGACCACAGUGAGGAACUUGACAAGUUCAUGGAAAGCCAGGGAGCCAGCGCUCCAGGCAUCCUGACCCUCACCACCAGUCUCAGUAAGCCCUUCAUGAGGCUGGACAAGUACCCCACUCUGCUGCAGGAGCUGGAGAGACAUGUGGAGGAGGCUCACCCGGACUGUGGUGACAUUUUGAAGGCAACAGCAGCAUUUAAGAGCCUUGUGACGCAAUGCCAAGACCUGCGUAAACGUAAGAACCUGGAGCUCCAGAUCCUGUCAGAGCCAGUGAGGGGCUGGGAGGGAGACAGCAUGAAGAGCCUGGGUCACGUGGCCUACAUGUCCCAGGUCCACAUGAAAAACGGGGCCAGUGAGGAAAAAGAGGAGCGGUACUUAAUGCUUUUCCCUAAUGUGUUGAUAAUGCUCUCUGCCAGUCCCCGGAUGAGUGGCUUUAUAUAUCAGGGAAGACUUCCUUUGACAGGCACCACAUUAACUAAACAAGCAGAGGACUCUGAAAAUGCCCACUAUGCCUUUGACAUCACAGGGGGCAUGAUCGAUCGUGUCACAGUGUUCUGCAGUAACCCCCAGGAGUUACAGGAGUGGCUGGAGCACCUCCAGCCAUUUACCAAAGGCGGGAGUCCUGCGGGCACCAUCGUAAAGACUGUAGAGGGCAAACCGCUCAGCAUGGUUGGUACUCCCUCUCAUCAGUCCCACCUGGGCAGCUUCAGUGCGGUCAGUCGCGGCCCCCUGGAGCCCCCCAAGAUCAGCAAGCCCUGGUCCCUCAGCUGCCUACGCCCUGCACCUCCCCUCAAGCCCUCCGCUGCACUGGGAUACAAAGAGAGGAUGUCUUAUAUCAUAAAGGACUCCAGCAAGAGCCCACGGCCUAUGAAGAAGUUCCUGCCAGGCAACAGAAAGAAAGAGCGGAAGCCCUCAGAUGACGACGCUCUUAUCAGGAAAAGCACGGCCGCCCUGGAGGAGGAUGCCCAGAUACUGAAGGUGAUUGAGGCAUACUGCACGGGAGCCAGCCUACACCAAACCACCACAGCAGUGCGAAAAGAGUGCAUCCCUCAGGUGCUGCUGCCAGAGGAAGAGAAGAUCAUUGUCGAGGAGAUGAAGAGCAAUGGACAGACGGUUAUUGAGGAAAAGAGCCUGGUUGACGCUGUGUACGCUUUAAAAGAUGAGGUUCAUGAACUGAAAAAGGAAAACAAGUGGAUAAAGCAGUUUCUGGAGGAGGAGCAGAAGUCUCGUAAGGAGCUGGAGAGAGUGGUCAGAAAACUGGCCAAACAGAAAAAUGAUUGUGCCUGGGAGGACAGCAGCCACUGACCACGUCCCCACAAUCAUUCUCCUCAUAGUGUGUAUGUGUGAGUGUGUAUGUUUGUGCGGGUACAUUUAUGUAAGCAUACCUGCGAUGAGACGUGUGUGUGUGUGUGUCUCUGUCACCCUGUUUGUCUCUUCAUAUUUCCGUCAUACAUAGCAGAACUGAACUCCCUUCCUGAUGAUGCUUGGGAGCAUGCUUGGCUUCAGAUCCUGGACCUUGAUUUGACAUUCUCACACAAAAAAUAAUCUGUCUUCCUGAUCCAGCCUGACUGGAUGAAGCUACAAAUCUGAAUAUGCUUCUGCAUGAAGCCGCCCGGCAAAACGAAGAGACUGAUGAAACGGAGUGUUUCAAACACGCUCCUCCUCGCUAGUGGCACUGUGAACGCUCCCUCGCCUACGGGACAGUCUUGUUCUCCAGGGGCACCAGCAGCUGCAUGUGCGUCAUUAGGAAAUACAAAAAGGAUUAAGAAGCCAUCUAAAGUCCAAUAAGGGUGUUGUCCUGCAUGCACUUCUUUUACAAGGGACUGAUUUUCUUCUCUUCACUUCAAGUUUUUUUUUUUUUUUUCCGUCAUCCUGUGUACAUUUUAUUUGUCAUGUGGAGCCCAAGCGGGGAAAUAGUUUGUGAAUUUUCUGAGCUUUAGUGAGCAUGUGUUGACAUUUUUGUAACAUUCUAGACAGGACAUUCAUCUGUGUCUCCAAGCUGUUUUGUAGGUGUCUAAGUUUUAGCACAUUUCAGAUAAAAGUGACUAUCAAACCGGUUUAGCACCUCAUAUUAUGUUAUAGAAAUUGUUUUCGGUAGCCCUCAACUGUGUAUUUAAAGUCUGCAUGAAUGUACAGUAUUUCUACAAUAUGAAUUCUGCAUUAGAAAUGUGAUAAUCAAGAUAUACCCCAAAGCUAUCAGGGAUGCAGGUGCUUAACAAAAUAGGCUUAAUAACUAUGUAUAUCAUUUAUAGUAUAGAAUACGCAAAUUAUUAUUAUGACAAAGUUAUCAGCUCUACUCUUCCCUCUAAAAUAUAUACAAAUGACAUAAUAUCUGCUAAUUGCUUAAGUUUUCUUUAUUUUGGAUUUUAAAAAAUAUUCUUUAUUUAUUGUUCAACCAAGCAUUUAACUGUGGUGUGCUGCCUUUACACCUGUCUGGAACUGUAUUAAACCAUACUGAUCUGUAGAGGCAGAACCUUGUUUAGGCCGAAGGAAAAUGUACCUUUUAUCAUCACAAGAAAGGAAGGACGUUUUUCUAAAACCUAUGGAACAAAAUGAUUUCUCUGUUAAGUCAGAUUACCACAGUGAGUUUGACUUGAAUUCUAAAAUUACUGAACCCAUGCUCUCUGUGGUUCCUGUUUCGCUGACGCAGACAGACUGAGGAAAUAUUUGGAUUGAGAUUUCUUUUGUGUGUGUAGAGUAGAGAGCAACUGUUUAAGUGCCUCCUGAAGCGGUUGAUAAGCUCAUGCGAGAUUAAAGACCAGACCGGAACUAAAUGCAUGCUUUAUAUUUAAAGUUUCACUUGUAGUUUGUUACAAUAUUUUGGUUGCUAGAGCCUAAACAGGCAUAUAAUGGGUCUGAUAAACAUUUCACAGGGCUUUGCUUGUUAUUCUGUCAGGAUGCAGCUUCAUUCCAAGGGCACGUAGCGGUACAUCUCAUGAGGUUGAGUGCACUGUCAACUGAUCUCUGCUCCUGUUGCACUGCAGAGCUCCACUGGAGCCUCAUAUUUAAAAUACAAUAAAUGAUCGCUUUACUGAUUCACUACUGUGUUAGACUGGCAUGGUACACCUAGUAUGGGAAAAAAAAAUGCAAUAAUGAUGACAUUAACCACCUGUGUUAACCAAAAUGGACCAGACCAUGCGAUGCAGCCACUGCGAACUACGUUUCCGGUUGAAAUGUAGUUCCCCUCGUUGCAAGGCUGUUCAUUCUGAUCCUUUCGCCUUUAAUUCAAUUUUAAGUAAGUUAGUGAUGAAGACUGAUCAAAGAUCACUGACCGGGUCCCUGUGUUCAUCACAUUUACUAUGAUCUGAAAGAUAAUAAUGUGAUGCGUUAUUGAACCUUGUCAGGGAAUGUUGUAAGGCCACCACAGGACCGUCAGAGCACAAUAUCAGCUACAGAAUAGCAGCGGUACAGCUAGAAGGGAUUUAGUGUCUUGCUCAAGGACACUUCAGCAUGGUGGAUGCUGGAAUGCAAGUUCUCUGGUUGAAAUGUAGUCCCCCUCCUCGUGCGUCCACCCUGCUGUUCGACGUAUCGCUGAUCUUUAAUCAGUAUUCCUACUGAGAUGCUCGACUAGCAGCCCGGAUCUUUAGGUCUGUACUGUUGUAUUCAGGUCUGCUCCUGAGCACGGGAGAGAUUCUGCAUGUCAUCGCCUGUACAGAUGUAAAACUCUGUCUCAUUAUACAUGUUCAUGUUUAUGAGAUUGUCGUUGUUACUGUUACUCUGCUCUUGAACUGUUUUCAUAAAGUGUCCUAUACUGUAGUUUUCACUGCUCCAUAGCCUCUGUGAGCACUUACCGGUGGGAGGGGGUUGAAUUCCAAUUCCUUAUUUUUUAUCAGAAAUUAUGUCUCCCGACCACUGUGUGUAUUGUUUUUGAAAAGUUGUUCUAUGCAAUUAUCAUUGUUGCAAGUAUUGUACUGCUUUUAUUAUUAUUAUUUUUUGACACUCCGUACUUCAUGUUAUGUUCAAUAUGUUCAUUCUUUUAAUAAAAAAUUAAUAUAAUAAACGCAA